GGCUCGCGCCCUGCAGCGAUUGUUUCGGCGUCUGGUCUAUUUUCUGCGCGAGCUGCGAGAGAAUGUGUCAAGCAGUGCGUUCAGUGCAGCGGCCCAGGCCAAUGCCCACUCGCAAGAUAAAAAUAAGUACAAUCUCUCAUUUAGGGGCCGCUACACAGACCUAACUGAUGACGCACUGGAUCAGCAUGUGUUGGAGAUCGUCUCUAGCAAUGACAACAUAGGACCAGAAGGUGUUAGGGCACGACUUGUGGGUGAGGACAUCAUAGUCCCGAGACACCGUAUGCGGCAAAGUGUCAUCAGGACUAAUCCUGAGGGUGCUGCUCUUCGGAGUAUGUCCCACAGGCUUCGCAGGACAACAUACCGCGUAGCAGGGCCAAAUUCGCUGUGGCAUAUUGAUGGCAACCACAAGCUCAUUAAGUGGAAGAUUGUGAUCCAUGGAGGAAUAGAUGGUUACAGCCGACUUGUGGUAUUCCUUCAAGCCUUAAACAACAACAGAAGUGACCCUGUAAUGGACUUGUUUGUUGAAGCUAUCAGCCAGUAUGGUGUCCCAUCCAGAGUCAGAUGUGACCAUGGAGGGGAAAACAAUGCUGUCUGUCUUUUUAUGGAUGUUUUCCAAGGCUCAACCCAGGGGAGUGCUUUAAGAGGGAGGAGCACUUACAAUCAAAGUAUUGAAAGACUGUGGGGCGAUGUCUGGAGAGGCAUUACAAACGUCUACCAUUCCUUGUUCACUUUUCUGGAGAAGGAAGGAACAUUUAACUCCACCAAUGAAAUGCACCUCUGGGCUCUUCACUUCGUUUACCUGCCCCGGAUAAACUGUGACCUUAGAGGUCCAAGGGGCGGCUUCAGCAGAGGACCAGGGGGCGGCUGUGGCAGAGGUCCAUGGGGCGGCUGCAGCAGAGGACCAGGGGCCUGGAGUAGCUGCCUUUGACUGGCUUGAAACAGUUCAGGUUCCCCUCAGUCAAUUUCAACCCAAUGAUGAACGGUUGGAAUACCUUAGACAACACAUAAAUCCUUUGGGUGGAGCUAGAGACAGUUUGGGAACUGAUGUUUUUGAACAUGUCCUCAACUUUUUGUCUGUACUGUACAGCACAGAGUUAUUAUCGUUCUGUAUUUUUCCAUUAGUUUUUAAUUUUUAUUUAGUUUUUAAUUUUUGUUUUCAAUUCAGGUUAGUUUUGGUUAGUUUCCAGAGUCUGUUUCCUCAUUUCAGUUUAGUUUUUAUUAGUUUCAGUAUUUUUUUAGGAGGGUGUAUUUGUCUGGGGGAAGAUUUAAGAAGUUCAGAAUAGGUAUUACAACACAAACACAACACUUUGUGAAGGCAAUAUUUGACUCACAGUCAUUUAGACUCUCAGUCUCAAUAAACACAGGCACCAGUGCCUCCUCAUGUUGUUGUGUUGACAAAUUUGACAAAUUGACCUAAAACUAAAGACAUUUUUUGUAUAGUUGUAUUUAAUUUUAGUUAGUUUUGUGAGUACACAAUAGUUUUAGUUUAGUUUUAGUUGUUAAUGUUGAUGGGUGA